CAGGUAAUGUCGUGUGAUAUGUUUCCAGGUAACGUCAUAUGAUAUGCAGUGCUGGCCACGGUUCUGCUGACCCGCUAACCGCUGAUUAGCGAGGCAAACUUUUUCAUUAGGGAUUAGAUUUUUCGUUAACUUUGUAAAGUGUUAGUGAGCCAAUUGACUUCCGCUGAAUUUAGUUCCUCGUUCGCUAACUUUAAGUCCACUAAAUAAAUCACACAGGUUUGUGGGCAGACACAGCACCAGCUGAGCCACAUGGCGCACUAAUUCCAGGGCUUCCACUUUUGGGUAAAUUAGUCAUUAAAAUAGGGUGAUUGGACGCUUAUUAGUGAAAUCUAUUGUCUAAGCUACAACUCAUUGAAAUUUCAGGUCAGUAGGUCUGUUUUUAAGGAUUUUAGAGCUAAAAUAAAAAACCGAAGAUAAAUCCAUAUACAAUAAAAUAGCGGUUAGCGGUUAGCGUUAGCUUCCACUAAUUUCUUUAUCGGUUUAGCGGUUUAGCAUAUGCGAAGUUAAUAUUAUAGUCAGUGGAUUACCAGCUAGCGAAGGUAACUUUUUGGUUAGCGGUUCCCACCACUGCUGGACACACUGCCGCUUCCAACACGUUGCAGCGUCUACUCUGUGACUGUUGAGUAGUGUGCUCCGUAGAGUGCCCAACGCUGUCUGCUACUCCAGCUGAGCAGUGGACUGUUUUAGGCUACUUCUCAGAAGGCUGCACUGUAUCAACUGUGUUGCCUACUGUAGAAUGCUACGUAGCAACUCACAGGGGUACUUUUUAGGCCACUUGCAGGGCACUCUGGCCACUCUGACGAAUGGCUGAGGAAAAGGAGGAAAAGGAGGGGGAGGAGGAGGAGGAGGGUGGCCUGGAUGAAUGUGAGAGUGGCGGCACGGCACGCGUGUGGCGUGCGGCGGCCGGCCAGGCCAGUGUGGCUGUGUGCGGGUUGGCAGGUGGACACGGGCAGUGCGCACACCGCCGCGCCGCGCCUCGCCACACAUGCAGCUGUUGGGGCAGGAGCUGCGGGGCCUCGUGGGCGGCGUGCUGGGCGUGGGCCGCGUGGUGGCGGCAGGGCUGGCGGGCCUGGCGGGGCUCGUGGCGGGGCCGCCCACACUGGUGCUCGUGGGCCUCGACUCGUCGGGCAAGACCACGGCGCUGCUGCGGCUCAAGUACGGCCACUACGUGAACGCUGUGCCCACCGUCGGCUUCAACUGCGAACGUUUGCGGCGCGGCGGCUGCUCCUGGGUGGCAUGGGACGUGGGCGGCGCUGAGCGCGUGCGGCCCCUUUGGCGCGCCUACACGCGCGGCGCCGACGCGGUGCUGUUCGUGGUGGAUGCCAGCAGCGGCGAGGAGCGGCUGGAGGAGGCGCGCCAUGAGCUGCACGUCCUGGUGCGCCGGCAAGCGGCACAGAGCGCCGCGCUGCGCCGCUCACGGCCGCCGCUGCUGGUGCUGGCCAACAAACAGGACCUGCCGGGGGCCAGGACGCCCGCCGCCAUGGCUGACGCCCUUGGCCUGCACGACCUGCCGCCCGCCCAGCCCUGGGGCCUUGCACCCGCCUGUGCCGUCACCGGCGAGGGUCUUCCCGAGGCCAUGGACCUCCUGCGCCGCCUCCUCCUCAAGGCACGCCGGGCCUCGCUCUCACGGGGCUGACUUGCGGGUCACCCUAUGCUCCCCGCCGCCCCCACCUCCUUCAGUUUAUCCCUGCCCAGCCCCGCACCAAACCCCUGGACCCCCGAGGCGUGAGGCGAGGGAGCCCGAGUACUCGUAUGGGGACAGGCGGGGAACUGCAGACAACUGAGUGCCACUGGUGGCUGACAUAUGUGAUAAUGUGUGUGUGUGUGUGUGUGUGUGUGAAGCGUGCAUGCGGUGUUUGAAGGGGUGUAUUUAUAAUAUUUAUUAUGCAAUAGCCAGAAACGUCACACAUACACAAGCACGUAGCCCGUACCCAGAGAUCCGUCACUUGUGAGUCGCUCAUCCGGGAAAAGUAAUAGUUGGCAAUCGUGAGACUAUUGUGUGAUCAGACCAUUACACACACACACACACACACACACACACACACCGCUCCGGUAGAUCAAUCGGUUAGAGCGCAGCGCUUCAAGGCUUCACGGCCAAACAGGCGGCGGUUCGAGCCCCGCUCAGGCCGGAUUCUUUCCGUUGACUAGGAGUGGCUACUGUCCCCUCUUGAGCAAGGGGGAUGGGGUGUGUGGUGUGUGAGGUCCUGGCAGUACCCAGAGAUCGACGAUAAUGAGCAUGCACUUCCUCGUGUCGGGAGGGUACCUGCUGGCGAAAGCGAGUCCAACUCGUGAUCAGGCCUUGGUGAAUUACACACACACACACACACACACACACACAACAGGCUCUGGUCAGUGUUACAUGUAGUACAACUGUAUUAUACGUACGCGCAUCCCUUGAGACAAAUGUAUAUGUAAAUAGCCGUAUUUAUAAAGAUGUAGGAAAUAUAUUUUGUUAUACUGUUGAAACUA